AUGCUCCGAUUCCUGAUACUCUUUGCCACGUGCCAUACCGUAAUCCAGAGUGGAUUCCCUGAUUAUACACCCUACACAUAUCCCGAUUCAAUGACACAAUCUGAACUGUGCGGUCAGACAAAACCAUCGUUUUUCUGCGACCCAAAUAAUAUUGUGUCAUGGAAAAAAGUCGUGAGUAAAGAUGGAAACGAAACAAUAGAAGAAGAAGAGAGUUUUAUGGAGAAGGAAUUACUGUAUGUUCGUGGUGAGACAAAUUGCUCAUGUCUCCGUCCAGCGAUGUGUUUGAAAUCUCCACCUCGAGGAUUCACCAUCUCCAUUGCAGUUGUAGGAAAAAUGCAUUUGGAUCACAAUGAGACUUCUCGUGACUCGAUUCUUCAAGCCGCCAAAAUUUUCGCCGACGUCAUCAGAGACCGUCAGAAUCGUGGCCAGUGUGACGACGAUAUGGUGAUUUUUUUGUCAACUAAAGAUGAAGUUGUCUACACAUCAAUUGGUUCUUCUAUAAGAAUUGAUGAUUCGGUGAUCAAGAGAAUAGCGGAGCAAGGAGAGAUAUUUUUCAAGAAAGAGCAGUAUCGGGAAGGAUUGGAAUGGAUGACCAAGCAGUAUAAACAUGUGCUGAAGCAUGAGAAAAUCGAGAACCUCUGGAAAUGGCCUCUUCCUGAAUGGGUUCUUAUUGCUCUUGUCUUUUUUGUACUUGUGAUCAUCGUGGCUCUACUCGUCACACUAAUCUACUGUUGUAUUCGUUUCUAUCGCCGGGAUCGUCGCGACGAAUAUUCUAUGGUUGAGAACUAA